CAGCUUCAGCAGUGAAACCCCACAACAGCAGUAGCGGAGCGGAGCGGGGCUGGAGAAGCAUGGCGGCGCCCAGGAGACAGGCUGCUCAUCAGAUAGACAACAGGAAGCGCACUGAAGAUGUUCUGCUGUCUGAUGGAGUUCAGUUCAGCUCUCUGCUGCUCUCCAAACCCGUGCUGGAGGGGCUGUCCUCCUCCGGCUUCCAGAGACCCUCUCCCAUCCAGCUGAAGGCCAUUCCGCUCGGCCGCUGCGGCCUGGAUCUAAUAGUUCAGGCGAAAUCCGGCACUGGAAAGACGUGUGUGUUUGCCACCAUUGCACUGGAUUCUCUGGUACUGGAAAAUGCUGCUACUCAGGUUCUCGUAUUGGCUCCGACCCGAGAGAUAGCUGUUCAGAUUCAUUCAGUGGUGAUGUCUAUAGGCAGUGCUAUGGAGGGGCUGGAGUGCCAUGUGUUCAUUGGUGGUCGCCCUGUGAGUCAGGAUAAGCUUCGCUUGAAGAAAUGCCACAUUGCUAUUGGAUCACCAGGUCGUAUAAAGCAGCUGAUAGAACUGGGGGCUCUGCUGACUGCCAGUAUCCGACUGUUUGUUCUGGAUGAAGCAGAUAAACUGCUGGAGGAGGGCAGCUUCCAGGAGCAGAUAAACUGGAUUUUCUCAUCUCUGCCGCUAAAUAAACAGAUGUUGGCGCUCUCUGCCACCUACCCAGAAUCCUUAGCGCAGCACCUGUGCAGGUACAUGCGAGAGCCCACGUUUGUGCGGCUGAACCCCACCGACCCUGGACUCAUCGGUCUGAAGCAGUACUAUAAGCUGGUUCAUGCUCAUGCUCUGCCACAUAAGAUCUUUGAGGAGAAAGUGCAGAAUCUUCUAGAGCUCUUCAGUAAGAUUCCCUUUAACCAGGCGCUGGUCUUCUCCAAUCUGCACACAAGAGCUCAGCACCUGGCUGAUGUGCUCUCCUCUAAAGGCCUGCCCUCAGUCUGUAUAUCAGGGAGUUUGAGUCAGGAGCAGAGGCUGGAGGCCAUGUCCAAGCUGAAGCAGUAUCAGUGCAGAGUUCUCAUCUCCACUGAUUUAACGUCUCGAGGUAUAGAUGCUGAGAAGGUGAAUCUGGUGAUUAACCUAGACAUUCCUCAGGACUGGGAGACGUACAUGCACAGGAUUGGUCGAGCAGGACGCUUCGGCACGAUGGGGCUUGCUGUGACCUACUGUUGCCAUGGGGAAGAGGAGAACAAGAUGAUGGCCAUAGCUCAGAAGUGCGAUCUGGCUCUCAACCAAUUACCAGAUCCCAUCACAGCCAGUCUCAUGGAGGAGCAGUGUGACUGGGGCGUUACUGUUCAGCCUCCCUCCAAAUCUGACCUAACGUUUUCUGUGGAGCACAAAGUGGACAGGAAGAAGCGAGCCACGUCAGAACCAGCAUCAGAAUCCAAAACCUCCAAACAGCCUCAGCGCUCAGCCUUUAUUAAAGACCAGCCUGAGCAUCGCGGUGGGUCAGCUAAGACCCAGUCAGCCAGUGGAGACCGGAAGAAGAUCAGAAAGCCUGCUGAAGCUGGUGCUCCACCAGUGUCUACAUCCAGACCAGGAGCCCCUCCCCCAACCCUUGAGCCUCCAUCAAGUCUCUCCAGAGCAGAAAUGGAGGAGGCUCUACCCAAAAUCCCUCCACUUCCAUGCUUCAAGGCUCCACCACAGAGGUCCAUGACCUUUGCUGAGGCUGUGGCUGACUUUGAGAACUUCAUUACAGCCGGACCGGGUCGAGACGUUGAGAUCAUACGAUCGUAUGGAGGUCGUGAUGAGGGAAACGCUAUGUUUAAUGGCCAUGUUGUUAAAGACAAUGAUGCUGAGGAUGCUUCUCCUAAACUAUAUUCUCAAAAUAAGGACCAAUCCAUGUGCAAAAGGUCUUCAAAUUCAAUCUCUCGUCCUAAUCAAUCGUCUAUAACCUCUGAUACCUCCUCCUCUUCCUCAGAAAGUGAGUCAGAGAUGGAGACAGAGCUGAAAACGGAUGCUUCGGCAUCCAGCUCUGUGUCUAGUGCUCCAAGACCAGCCUCAUAUACAGCCAGAACAUCAAAACAGCCUCCUAAAUCCAGGCAAAAACUGAUAAAGCCUCACCCUCAACGUCAUCCUCAUUAUCACCCUCAGAUUCAUAUAAAACCAGGGUCUGAUAUGAAACAAAUGGUAGGAAAGGAAGCUAGGACAGAAAAUGCUAGUGCUCAUCAUCCUCAAUCUCGCAUUGAUCACCACCAUCACCACCAGCAUUCAAAACCAGGGGGUGAGACAACAAAGAAGAUGGGGAAGAUAGCUAGAACUGAUGGAGCUAGUGCUCAUCAUCCUCAUCUUCAGUCUCAGGCUUGUACUCAUCCUCAAGUUCAUUACCAACACCACCACCAGCAGCAGCGUUCAAAAUCAGGGCCUGAAAAGGAGAAUAAGAGGGUGGAUGAAGGUAGUUGGAGGAAGAAGCAAAGAACGAGAACAGAAGAAGAAGAAGAAGAAGAAGAGGAGGAGUGUUCUGAGGAAGAAGAGGAAAAAGAUAAAGAAGAUGGAGAGGAAGAAGAAGAGGAGGACGACGAAGACUACUGGAGAACUUAUUACCAAGCAUGGGAUGAUUAUUACAGCUCUCUCGGUUCAGCGUAUUACUACAACUCGCCCUACAACUGGCUGGCAGCUUACCGCAUGAACAUGGUCUACAUGAUGGAGAUGAUGAAGCACUGAAUUGAAGAUGCACUGAAGUGAAAGAACGAAGAAGAACUGUUAAGAACUUGAGAAGAUUUUGCUUUAAAAAUGAACCAGAGUCUGGUUUAAAGGAGAAGUCCGGUGUGAAAUGGACUUGGGUUGUAGUGAAUCAUAAUGAUGAGUACAAACUUUUGUCGAAUAGCCCAUUUCCAUUUAUCGCCAGCAUUCCCAAAUACAGUGCUUUAAUCCGAAGCUCCCAACAGGUUUACAAUGCUAGUGAUGGGGGCAUAGUGUAACACGUGCGAAGACAUUUUACAGGAGAGAGAGAGGAAAAAAAAGUCUUUCAAAAAACUUUCAAUGGACGACAUUGUAAAAAGAGUUUAUUUCAGGUCAUUUUGGAGAACUUCAAUUGGUUCAUUAAUCAGAAAAAAAAUUUGACACCGUAUUAGGGCCAAUUUGUGGGUUCAAAUUAUGCAAGAAACUAAAAAUUGUCAAAAAAAAAGAGAGUUUUUCAUUGCACAGCAACAAUAUUCAUUCCUGCUUGUCAGUCGAAUUAUUGUGACUUCUUUUCGACAUACCAGCUCUGGAGAACUAGCUGAAGAUACCGUGUAUAUAAACAGUGUAUUUAAUAAACUACCUGUGCACUUUCAAAAAUUUCUUUCAGCUCUCAGAAUCCCACCUAUGAAGUGUGGAGCUACUUUAAGUUUUUAAUGGUGUAAAAAAAAAAAAAAAGUGAUUUUCCAUGGACAAUUUUAUGCCCCUAUCACUAGCAUUGUAAGCCUGUUGGGAGCAGCAGCUAAAAGCGCUGUAUUUGGGAAUGCUGGGGGAGAACAGAGGUAAACUAUUAGACAAAAUUUUGUACACGUGAUCAUGUUUCACUACAACUCAAGUCCAUUUCCUAUCAGAUUUCUCCUUUAAACUAAACCUGCAGAAAACAGAUCAGCUCAAAACCUGCAGCGUACAUCUUGUCUAGAUAGCCUUGUCAGAUUGAGAUCGCAUCAUGUUCUCGCCACAAGCUUCCCAUUCCAGCGUUAAUUUGGGGCCGGACUGAGAACACCUCCUCUCCAGGAUCUUGUCUAAUUACUGUAUGCACAUUUAAAAUGCCCUAAAAAAGCUUUAUAUUAAAUUUGCAGGUAUCUGUGCUCUGCAAUGAGGUUUACAAAUUAAAAAGAUGGUUGUUAAUGAACCUUGCUUUCUAAAAGUGUAUUUUGUUAAGUAAGUUACUCAAUAUUAAAGUUUUUUUUCAUUACA